AUGCUCCACAGAAUGCUUCAAAGACGCUCGAUUGCGCCGAAAAGAUGGCUCGCACGCAGUACAAGGCCAGCACAGAUUUGCGCACCAAUGCAGCAUCGCACCUUUUAUUCGGACCUGUACGAGAACGAGAGCCAUCUGUUCGACCUGCACCGUGACGAAGGCAGGCCUACAGUGGCGUCCUCCUCCUCCGCCUCCUCCUCGUUCCAUUCUCGAGCACAGCAGUCUUUGCGAUUCAGCACGAGCCACACAUCAGCGUACGAAGUCGACCGUCAGAUGCACAGGAACCAGUCAACAAUCGUAUGUCAGCGUCUGAUGUCAAAAGCAGUCGUGAUUGUCUAA